AUUAAACGAAUACUCUUUCGUUGGAACAACUAUAUAUUUUUGUCUAACUUUUUUUUAUAAUUUAUCAAUAUAUUUCAUGUAUGUUUGUAUAUAGUACACACUUACUACAAACUAUUUUAUUGUACGCACGUGAGCGCUGCAGUGUUUUACAAGCUAAACAAACGCGUGUGUCUUUGAAACUUAAUCAUUUAAAGGUAAACGUAAUAACAAUAAUAAAAAGUGUGUUAGAACGUGGCAAGAGUUUCUGGCAGUGUUAUGAUCUGUGGAAUGAUAACGAACAAUGUCAAAAAACGUAAAUUUAACAAAGUUAGAAGAUUUUAUUAUUUCAAGACUAUGGUACACUGCAUAUGUAGCCCAUAAAAUAAAUAUAAACAAUGGUAAAUCGUCAAAUGAUAAUAAUGGCGCAGCAAUUGAGUUAUGUAGAUCAAUAGGUUGUUAUGAAUAUAGUAGUAAUUCUUCAUGGAUUAUUCACAAACUAUUGGCAAUGUUGACUAAUAAGGAUGUUACGGAACAUCAGUUUAAUUUAUUACAACUUGAAAAUGCAUUACAUUUAAUUGACAAUCAUGUACCUGAAACUGUUGAGCAGGAAUUGCUCAAGCUUUAUGAUUUGAUAGCGAUAGCGAAAGAAGAAUCUGAUGAAAUUCCUCCGCAGAUUACUGAAUGUAGUCUAAAGUUUUUAGAAGAGCAUUUGUGGGAUAAACCAGCAUUUGUGCAAUGGGUGAUAGAUCAAUUACUCUGUAUAUGGUCAACGUCAUUUGCCAUGACUGAUUCAGAGCUUCAAGACCUAUAUAUUAAAGUUAUUAGAGAAAUAGUUAAUGAAGCUAAAAAUAUAUCCGCCUCAAUAAACAACAAUAAAACUACCAAUGGAUUAAUAUACUGCCAAAAAAAUAUAAAUUUGAUAAGUUACAACCAUUUAGCGACAUUGUUGUCAAUUUUAUCAAAGUUCGAAAUAACAGACUCAAAAGAAGAGGAACUGAAAUUGUGGCUAUGGCCAAUGCUAGCCAAAACAUGUAAAUUUAAAGACAUCGAAUUGUCAUUAUUUUCACGUAAAGAUUUAAAAUACUUUAAAAUGUGGCAUACAUUUUGUGACGAUUAUUAUGCACGCAAUAAAAGUCCUAAUAGUUUAGAUAAUAUUAAUAAAAUAUGCUCAGCUGUUUUUGAUAUUAAAGAUGAAUCAUCUGAUGUGUCAUUAAAUGGCAAUGAAAUAUUUAUAAGAGUGUUAAGAAAUAAAACUCACUGGUUAUCAGAUAUUUUAGAGAUCUGUUACGGGCUAGUGAUAAAUAAUCGAUUUGAUCAAGUUGAAAAAUUAUUAAAAAAUCCUGUAUUAAAUAAUCUUUGGUUACCGCUAUUAUUAAAAUGUAUUGAUAAUUGUUUGAAUGCACAACAAUUUUCGCCUAACAACGAAGCUUGGAAAAAAAUCUCUACGACAUCUGAAUCUCUAAGAUUUGUAUUAAAAAAUUGUAAAUUUAAAUAUUCAAAAGAUCAAUGUAUGGAGGAAUUAGAAAGUACUCUAGAAAGUCAUGUAGAUGCUUUAGAGUGGAUUAUUAAAAGUCGUGAUGAUUUUUUUGAACACAACAAAAAGUCUGGUUCAAUGCAUCAAAAUUACAACGUGAGACAAAUUUUUCGUCAUCUUCAGUCAUGCUCUAUACUGUCUACCAUAAAAACGUACGUUCCAAAUGUAAAUAAUAAAUUAUUUAAAGACGUUUAUCCUUUGCUGAAGGAUUCAGUGCAUUCGAAAAUGACUUAUCGAGCUUACUAUGCAAUGUUAAGCGCGCUAAAAGCAAUAACACUUUGUAAUGCUUAUAACACUGAAUUUAAUACGGUUAUCGAGCAUUACAAUUGUAUGGAGAAACAUAUUAAUUAUCUUAAUCCAUUAAAAUUACGCUUAGAAGUUAUGGAAAAUAUUUUUUCAAUGUUAUUUAUACGACAUGAAGAUUUCACAACUAUUGAAAAUCCAUCGGAUCAAGAGGAUGAAGAUGAGAAUGACAAUAUCAAUGAUGAACUGCCGUCAUAUAAAAAUUCAUAUUACUAUCAAACUGGUUUCAUCUGCAACAAGUAUGUCAUACGAGAGACACUGCACUAUCUUAAUCGUUGUAUUUUUGUAAUUGAUAAUGAGUACGCGAGAUUGAGAAAUGAUUCAGAGGCGGCACAAGACAUAGAACAACUUGAUAAAAGAAUAUCGUCUAUGAAAAGAUAUCUCAGUGAUGCGUCGUGGCGUUUACAAUUAUUAACAAGUACAGAAUUUUUUAAAAAACAAGGACUACCGGAUACUGAAAUGCAAAAUAAAAAUACUUGUAUUGUUAAAAGUAAAAUAAAUUCAGUAGGUCAUCAACAGAGAACUUCACAUUUAUAUAAGUUUGAUGAAAGUUCAUCCGAUGAAGGAGAAUUACGUUCGGAUAUUGAUGUAAGUUCGGAAAGUAGUUCAGUAGGGAAUGCUGCUGGUGAAAAUAGCAAGCGUCGUAGACGUGUAAAAAAGCUAUCAUCGCAAAGUGAAGAUACAUCGAAUGAAAAAAGCUCAAAACAAGUCAAAGAAUUUACUCUCAGUUACAUGCUGGCCUCAAAAGAAACUCUGGUUCUAAGAUGUUUGUGGAAAGAUAAUUUGACUGAGGCUCAACGCGUCAUAAAGACUUUUAACAUGGAAAACAAUCAUUUGGCAGGUGAAAUAUUAUUUUCACAAGCAAUACGUGCAUUCAGACAAGAUAUUGCGAAACAAUUGACACUCAUUUUACCGAAAAAUGAAGUAAAAAUAGAUACUAAACAUUCCACACUGGAUUUUAUUCGCCAAGCUGCUAAAGAUGGUAUCCAAACAACACGUAUGACAAGUCAAGUUGAAACAUUUUUAGCAUCACAAGAGUCUAAUAUAAAAUUAAGUUCUGAUUCCAGUAAUGCCAAAGAUAUAAUGACGUUGGUGACACUCGAUCUGGCGCUGACGAUGAGCCAAGAUAGUUUGACAUCUGAAAAUUUCACAGAAAUCGCAAUGAAGCAUUUGAAAUCUAAUAAAAAACUUAUUAAUACACGAUAUUAUGAGUUUUUUGAGACAAUUUAUCAACUGUUUCAUGAAAAAAAAGGUACACCGAUAGUUAAUAUACUUUGCGAUGCAAGAAUACCAUUUUCGUUGAAAGAAUAUCGGGAACAAAAUGAUUACUGGUCUAAUUUAGCGCGUAAGCUAACUAUUUUUGAAAAUAAAACAAAACUAAUAGAUUUUAUUAAGGAUACAAAUGAAGAGGAAAAAUUAAAAAAUGAUUUACAACAAAUUUUAUCGGUUUGCAGUAAUGGAGAACCAUAUUUACAUCGAUUAAAUGCCCAUUUAGAAUUAAUAAGAUCCAUUGCACCGCCAUUUAAAGAUAUUAAUGCGAUCGGUAUGAAACCUUCUCUAUUGGAAAAUUCACUUGACUCUUACAUCGGUUAUCAAAUAUUUGAUUUAGAUGUUGAUUUAGAAACACUCGAAAUUGUUGCUAAUCAGUUGCAAGUUAAUUUAGCUUACUGCAUUUUAAUAAACUGCUGUCCCAAGUUACUGUGUAAUGAUAAUGUGGAUAAUUUUGAGAUAAAAAACAACAGAUGGGGAAUAAUUGUUCUCAAUAAGUAUGAAAUCGUUGAAAAAUUCAUUAAUGAUGAUAUGCAUGAUCCUAAUCAAUGUGUUGUUGGUAUUUUAUCAGAUCUGAUACAAGCUAUCAAAGACUCAGAUUAUGAUUCGUUAAAUAUUUUAGGAACGGAUUUGAAAAGUUUGUCAGAGACAGAAAGUAUUCAGAAAAUUCUUAAAAAAACUCAAAGCUUUGCUAAUUUAGACUUAAGUUAUUUAUCUUUCGGUGACCAUACACUGGCAUUUUUUCUGAAUAUCUGGAAUCUAAUUAUGCUUCACACAAUUAUAGAAAUUUGGAGUAAAGACCCACCAACCAGUGAUUUAAGACACGCUGUGUCAUUGAGUACAAUUGGCUAUGAAAUAGGUGAUCUUGGUUUCGUUAGUCUCUUUACUCUUAGAUCAAAAUUACUUGGACAACCGCUUUGCAAUGACGAGUCUUUAUAUUUUGAGUAUCCAGAAGAACUCAAUGAACCAGCUUGGCAAGAUUUAGAUUUACAACUAGAUCUUCGGGUUAUAUUUGCAAUGAUUAACGAAUAUCAAAGAUCUCCAAUUAUUAAAAUUUAUCACCCUGAGAAUUUAAAUGAAGAAAUUAAUACAACAGUGCAUGAUUAUCUCAAUAAUUAUAUAAAUCAAGAUAAAGAAAGUGUUGUUUGUCUUCCGAAGCUUAUUAAAAAAUAUGGAGAUCUUUUGAUCAGCACCAAUGGAUCGAAAGCAAUAAUGGAAAAAUACUUGAGUAUUGAUAAAAAUGUAGAGUAUGAAUCAUUCAAAUAUUUAUACGACAUCCGGUUUAAGUAUAGCGAUGAAAAAACAAUAACUGAUUGUGAUAAAAAGAAUAAUAAAAAUGAUAAAGAUAGUACGUCACUUUGGAGAAAUAGAGUAAUUAAACCGUCACUCUUGCAAUACUUGGAAGGCCACUGCUGGCUCCUAUCUUAUCUCGUUCAAAGAAUUCACGAAGAAAGCCCAACGAUUCGUGACAGCAGCUGUGAUAAUUUGGAUCGUACUGCAGUAUUGGAAAAUUUAUUUAAGUCACCUUGGGCACAAAAUUUAAAAGCCCUUUACGAAGAUAACUCAACAGUUGCUGGACUAAUGAAUUGUUCAUCGACAGUUGAACUGUGGGAUUAUUUUGAAGCUCUUUUAAGAAAUCGUGAGUUGAAGAAAUGCCUAACGAUGCUUAAUGCACUUCCAGACUCUCUGUUAAUGGGAAACGCUGAGUUCCAGAGUUUUAGAGACAAAAUUCUGAUGUGUUUGAUCAGUAAUAUUCAGCUUAAUCUAAAUUCCACUGAAAUCUUGCAGUAUUUAUAUCAGAUAAGAGACAUUUACGUUUUAGCUCAAGUAGUGUUAUCCAAAGUAAAAACGUGGCCGGUUCGGGUAUGUGAAGAGGCACUUCGUCACGUUUUAAACCAUGUAGAUACUGAUGAACUUCCACCACAUUGCAGGUCUGAGAUAAGUGAAAUUCUCUGUAGAGUUCUUGUUUUUGAUAAAAUGUUUAUUUAUUGUAAAUUAGAUGACGAUACUGAUCAAGUUAAUUGGUAUAAUGUGGUUUAUCGGACUGAAAAAACAAAUCCAACACGUAUUGUAAAAUCACUAAUCGAUGCUAAUCAGUACGAACUAUGUUUAGAGUGGAUGGAAUAUCAAACGCCUUCAUCUGAAAUUCAAUGUCUGGUUUCACAAGAUCUUUUUAUGGGAUUAUUGAAGAAUGAAAAAGAUAAUUUUAAACAUGCACGCCAAUUAUUGUGUGCACUACCUGCAAGUUUAUCGAUUAAAUUUUGCAAUGGUAUUAUUGAUAAAUUAGAAUCUAUUAAUUCAUUGAAAUUUAUUAUUAAAUAUUUAUUGGAUAAUUCACCUGUAGAACGUGAAAAAUAUCAAUGUGGCUUAUUGGGAGUUGAAAUUUUAGAGCAACUAGAUCCCUGUGACAGGCCAAUGUAUAUUCAUUUAAUCAAUGAACCACUUCUUAUGUUUGAGCAAUUACUCAUGAACUGUAAAUUUGAUAAUCUACAAAAAAUAUUAAAAACGUGCUCUGAAAGUUUUUAUUCAGCCGGUAUUACAUGUGAAGAAUUCGAUUGUACUAUUAGAUUUUAUGCACAAAAAUCUUUAGACUUCCGGGUGGCUAUACAGCGCGACACCGAUAGCAACAAGCUUAAAGAAAAUUCGUUGAGUCAAAGUGGAGAGUUUCUUAUGCCUGUUAAUAUACCAACUAGAGAAGAAUGGAUUCCAGAUGAUAAAGCCCGCGAAUGUAGCUGUUGUAAAGCUGUUAUUUUUUCCAUGUUCAACAGAAGACAUCACUGCAGAAGAUGCGGUAGAGUGGUAUGUGCCAAUUGUUCAAGUCAGCGAAUACGAGUGCCAGGAUACGCGGAUUCAGUUCUUGUACGUGUGUGCAAUGAUUGUAAACGACAAACUGCAAUGCAGGCACAAGGUGCUUCAUCAGCACCUAGCAGUGAAACAUUCGAUUGCUGGAGAUUAUCAAUUCAAGAGGCUCACAAUAGAACGCUGAGAGAAGAAUUUUGCUUCGAAUACGCUCCAAAUAUCCCUCUGUGUUUAGCGAUAUUAAAUUUACACUCAGAUCACAAAACUUACGCAACUUUUCUUCUUGAUCGUUGUGAUGAAAUGAAGAAAUUGUUGUAUCCAGAUAAAAAAGGUCGAGUAAAUCCGGAAAUAGAUCACAGUUUAAUUAUUAAAAUGAUCAGAUCACUUUUACUGGCUGCUAAAGUUAAAUGCGCAAAACUUGGACUUAAUACUGGAUUAACUGAUUGUGAUAGAUUUUUAUCCCAAGUUGAUCUUAUUAAUAUUCUCGUUUCAUCUGAUUGUCUGUCAUUGAUUCCACAGGAUGAUCUCAAUGAUCAUACUUUACGACGAUUGAGAGAUUUAUUGACUGAAAAGGAACAAUGGAGACUGGCGUUAAAUGUCAGCACUAAAUCUGGUUUGGAUACUCAGGGUGUUUGGGCAGCUUGGGGAAAGGCAUGUCUUAAAGUAGGUUACUACGAAAAGGCGCGAGAAAAAUUUUCACACUGCUUAGAUAAAGUUAAUCAAGAAGAUUAUGUACCAGAAGAUUGGGUCUUACUUUCGUACUUAAGUGAUACUGGGGAAGGAUCAAAAAGCGAUAAAAAUUCAGAGAAAAGAGAGACAAGAACUCGAACAGGAUUAAAAAUCCGACCUGCUAAAGAUCCGCCUUUAUUGGUAGAAAUUUUACAAAUUCUCGAAGUGUCUAAUUCUACAGAUCAGUAUUCUCAACAACCAACGCCAUCGAAAAGUUCAAUGGCACAAGAAAUAUUAAAUACACUGAAUAAUUUAAAAGCUAUAUCUUAUGGUAAUUACACUGUGUCUAAGCUUAAUUCAAAUACUAAUAAUUUUCGGUAUCAAGAAAGCUUAUAUUAUUUAUUAAUGUACGGCAGCUAUAAUUCUAUUUUAGAAUUUUUCGUUCGUUACCGAGAGUUGGAUAAAUGUUUAUCUUACAUUUUAGAAAAUGAAAUAGAUCCAGAAUUAUUUUUUAAUAUUGUCUUCUUGGGUUGUCUUCGCAGCGGAAUAAUGAUAAAUCUUUGCACAGCAAUUAAAUCCAAAGAUCCAAGUCUCCUAUCGUGGAAGAAGUAUUUGUUAUUUACUUGUCAUAAUCUAGAAAAAAAACAGUUAUUCAAUACUCUUUACCAACUUCAAUUAUUUAUGAAGGACUAUGUGAGAGCUGCUAUGACUUGCAUACGAUUUUACGUUAUAGACGCCAGUAGUUACGCAGAUAUUUGCAUGAGAAGUCAUUUUCUUUUAGACGCACAGAGGCACUUGGAAGCUGAAUUGCACAGUGAAAAAGACGAAAUAUUUGACAGACGACAAAGAAAAAGUGUUAGUUCAUUUUUUAUGGACCCAUCGGAAAUUGAUAAGCAUAUAAAUACCAUUUCACGGCAAAUGGAAAUCGCUAAAUUUUUGGGAUCGUGUGAAAAGGAGGGAAGAUCUGUCAAUGAAUUUCUCAGCAAGCUUUCCUUUAUGGACAGUGAAGGUUUACAACCACGAAAUGCACCAACUCUUUUCGGUAAUCAGCAAGAAAGAACGCAUUUAGCUGUACUGGCAAUUUUAUGCGGACGAAAUGUUGAAGAAGGCUUUGGUAUCGCUUUUCGGGUGAUGCAGGAUUAUAAUCUUCAUCAUCAAAAAGUUUAUUCACUUGUUGGACACAUACUGGCGCUAGACAAAAAAAUAAAUUCAAUAGAACAGUUAAUUAAAUGUUGUAGAAGUUCCGGUUCACCGAACUCUAAUUCAAUAUCCGAUCGCGUAUUAGUUAACUGUAUUAAGUUUCUACUAGAUCGCUCACGUACUGAAACAAAUCCGGCUCCCAAAGAUCAAAUAGAUUCUCUCAUAAGACUUAUCACAGAUAUUGAAUUAAAAAUUGGAUGCUACAUUGAAAGUAAACAACUUAAAGCUGCUUAUCUUCUAGCCGUUAAGCAUUCGAGAGCACAAGAUAUCCGAAGAAUCUUAAAAGAAGCUGACAGUCUUGGUCAGUCUGCCAUUAAAUCCAUUUGUACCAAGUGGCUUCAACAUAAUCGACAUAAUUAAUUAUUGAUACGAGUAAAAAAAAAAAUCAGCAAUUCAAUAAUAAUUGUAAUUUUUUUAAUGUAAAUAUUAACACACGUGUUAGCGAUUUAGCAAUGCUUUAUUUUAUUUUAUUUGUUAUGGAAUUAUUCAAGUAACAAUUAAGAAAGAAAUUUAAAUUAAUCUAUUUUUGUGUUAAUUUUUGUACAUAAGUGAAUUGAAAAGAAAAAAAAACAACAGACGGCACAUUGAACUGAUAUACUUUUAAAAG